CAAAACAUUUCUGCGUGAGAAAAUGGAUUUAUUGGCCGGGGAUUAUUAACUUCAGAAUACCGGAAUGAUAACGCAAACUUUUGAAUGUUUCAGCUGAAAGUUAUGAAUAAUAUAUUUUCCGGAGUCCACAAAUGCAUCUGGACACAUUUCUCGUGAAACAAUGUUAAAAACCGCCACUACAAAUAGCAUACAACUGUACAGUUCUGAUGACAACCUAUUCAGCAACAAACGUGCAGAUCAAGAGAGCAGUGCUUCGAUAUUCUUACAGCAAAUUCAGGAUCAAUCAAGGAUUGUCACUGUUCUUCCAGGUACCAGCAAAACCCCAGUCACUUCUGAAGCCAUACUGAACCCUGAGAUUGACAUUCAGGAUGCACAACUUCAAAAUAAUGCAACUCAAUCGAUCAACGAAGUUCUUGUUCUUGAAGAGCAAGUCGAAGAGGCUGUUGGAUAUGAUGAAAAUUGCAAUCCGAAUAAUCCGGAGAAAAGGCCUUCGGAAGAUAUUAGGCUUAUUAUGAGCUCGAAGAAACACGCUUCUUCUGAACUAAAGUUCCAAACCUUCGAGGUGAACUGGGAAAAGAUCAGUGAUAAUAUCAUAAGUCGCCUUCAAAAUUUUCAAAAAUUUAGGGAUGAAAACUCUAGUCAGUGUGUCCCAAAACUUCUCCAAAUGACAAAAACUGAUUUGAGUGGGCUUGCGAAUUCGGUGGUCGAUCAAUUACGAAUGAUUGACACCCAGAUACGAGCCGAUGUCAUGGGAACAGUGUCGAAACAAAUUCUCAAUGCUUUCCCGUGUCUGAGCUUCGUAGACGAUGACGGCUAUGGAUCAGGAACUGGUCAUGUGGCAAAACACAAGAUGAUUAAUAGAAACUCAUAUCUUAAUCGUUUUAAGGAGCCGUACGUAGCGAAAGCAGAUUGCAUAGAACUUCGAAGGAAUCGAAACGUAAGAGCGGGUACUAACAAACAGUAUUGGGAACACACGAAUAACGAAUGCGGCAAAGACGUAAUUUCGAAGCUCUCGCGUGAUGAACCAGCUUUAUUAACACACGAGUUCCUACAAGCAUCACAGUCUUAUGUUCGAUAUCGGUACGAUGAAAAUAUUCCGUUGAAAGACAUCUUGGGAAAACUUCCGGUCCUCAGAAGAAGGAUCCUUCUAUACUACCAUUUCGAGUGCGCAACGGGAGUAUCAGCGGAUUCCUUGGAGAAGUACUACACGGCUAAACGUUCAAAAAUAAUUGACUUUUCAAAGACUAAUCGAAAGAUCGAACCUCUGGACACAAUAACUUCAGACUACAAUAUUUUCGAAUAUUUGUGCAGAUUGCUUGGAGAAAACAUCGAAGACAUCGUUAUCCUCAAAGAGAUUGCGGAAAUGACGAGCGAAUGUACUAUGUUUUCGCCGAUCAAACUCGACUGAGCGAAGGAACCAAAAAUGUGGUCACUGCCGUAGCUGAUUUGAUGUGCAUCCAUUAUGUACAUAACUUCAUGUACAUGAAGCAAGUUUCAAAAAUUUUGGAAUUCGUCCAGGAAUACUUCCUCAAGAUUCUGCCUGCCACUGGAUCAAAGUCUAAUGCGACCCGUAAAGGACAACAGCAAAGAGUUGUGAAACGAGUCAUCGCUGCCAUCGCUAACUAUUCAUCGUCGUAAUUUAAAUGGAUUUACGAAUAGCUAGACGUAUUGGAACAAACAUAGUUUAAGAUUACUCAUACCACCUCAUAUGUACUGUAAUAUCAGAAAUGCUUUUUUUUAACAAUAAUCGCCCGAGGUAGUAAAUUGAACCUCAAGAGGGAUUUUCAAUGUUAUUAUUAAUAUUUUUUAUGAUUUCCAAGUCGUAAAAGGUUUGUUUUAGUAUGUUAACUUUAAAUAUGUUAA